AUGAAUAAUAAAUGUAAAGAUAAUCCAACAGAACAACAACUAAAUAACAAGCCACCAGAAUUGAAAGAUAAAAAAGGUGGACACAAACUAUUAACAAUUAGUUCAAAUUCAAAAUACACCCCACCUUGGACUACUCCCUAUAUUAUUGGGAUUGGUGGGCCAUCAGGUUCUGGUAAAACUAGUAUUGCUUCUAAAAUUGUCUCGUUAAUAAAUGUUCCAUGGACUGUUUUGAUAUCCACAGACAACUUUUACAAACCUUUAACAGACGCUGAAAGGAAAAAAGCAUUUAAUAAUGAUUAUGAUUUUGAUGAACCUGAUGCCAUCGAUUUAGAUUUGGUAUACAAAUGUGUAUGUGAUUUAAGGGCUGGCAAAAAAUGUGAAAUUCCUGUUUAUAGUUUUGUCAAUCACAAUAGAAUAUCAAAUAAGAAAAUCACAAUAUAUGGUGCCAGCGUAAUUAUCAUCGAGGGGUUAUAUACACUAUACGAUCCUAGAUUAUUAGAGAUAAUGGAUUUAAAGGUCUAUGUAGAUGCAGAUUUAGAUAUAUGUCUUGCUAGAAGAUUAUCAAGAGAUAUUGUGUCUCGUGGUAGAAACCUAAAUGGUUGUAUACGUCAAUGGGAAAAGUUUGUCAAACCAAAUUCAGUGAAAUACGUACUUCCUACAAUGAAUAAUGCAAAUGCUAUCAUCCCAUCCUUUAAUGACAAUAGAAUAGCCAUAAAAUUAUUAGUUGAUUAUAUUACUUCUAAAUUAAAAAGAAAAUCUAUGGAACAUGUCCAAGAAUUGAUUCGACUAGGCAAAACAGAAAAGAUUAGAAGUUUGAUGGACCACCCUAUGGUAUAUAUUCUACCCAAAACAAACCAAACAGAAUCCAUACAAACAAUAUUGUUAAAUAAAAGAACAAAAUUGAACGAUUUUAUUUUUUAUUUUGAUAGAAUUACUACUAUUUUGUUGUCACGUGUCUUAGAUAAUAUCCCAGUUGCUAAUUAUAAGACAAUAAUAACCGGUUCCAACUGUGAGAUCACUCACUGUACAAAUAUUGAUUUCAAUAUGAUUUGUGGAAUCACUGUAAUUCGAUCCGGAGACUGCUUCAUAAAAUCUCUGAAAAUGACUUUACCAAACGUACCCAUAGGUAAAUUACUAAUUCAAUCUGAUUCGUUCACUGGUGAACCCCAGUUGCAUUGUGAGUUGUUACCGCCCAAUCUAACUCAAUAUAAAAAGAUUUUGUUGAUGGAAGCUCAAGUGAUUAAUGGAGCUUCACUAAUUAUGGCAGUUCAAGUAUUAUUAGAUAAUGGUGCCAAACUAUCUAAUAUUGAUGUAGUUGUAUACGCAGCUACGGAAACAGGGUUACGUAGAAUAUUGAAUGCAUUUAAUGAAGAAAUACAUAUUUAUGUUGCUAUAAUGAUCUCAGAAAAAGAUUUAAGAAUGGGACGUAAUUCAUGGUGUUUAACGAGAUUUAUUGAUACUAAAUAUUUUGGGUCUGAAUAG